CUCCCAGAGCAGGUUGUUGCGUUUUGGCUCUAAAGCCUGGAGACCUCCGAAGUGCUCGUCAGUUUUCGAAGUCGGAGCCAUGGCGACAACAGCUCAGUAUAUUCCGAGGAAUAACUCCUUACCGUCUAACCCGCUCAUGCAUCCGGACUCGGAUAGGAUGCAUCAGGGGACGACCUACAGAGAGGUGCAGAAAAUGAUGCACCACGAGUACUUGCAAGGGCUUGCGGCGACCAACACGGGACACCCGAUGAGCCUGACGCACCACCAGUGGCUGCCCACCUCCAACACCGACUGGUCCAGCGGCACUCACAUCGGACAGCAGGAGCACAAAGCCAGCGUGCAGGCGAGCAGGGAGGACCUGAGCAGCGGCUUCCACCACAGAUCUCACCUGGUGCACCAGCAGACGCAGAGUGGCCACCAUGGCUCGUGGGCGCCCGCCACGACGCACCACCUGUCCCCGCUGUCCCCGGCGUCCAACGGCCACCAGUCGCUGGUGUACUCGCAGCCCGGAUACACAAAUCUCAACGCGAUGCUGAGUCCCCAGCCCGGCUCCCUGCACCACGGCAUGCGGGACCCGCUCCACGACGACUCGGGCAGCCACGACAACCAGAUGGAGUCACCCCAGCAGGCGUUCAGCCACCACCAGGACCACUCGGACGAGGACGCGCCCAGCUCCGACGACCUGGAGCAGUUCGCCAAGCAGUUCAAGCAGCGGCGAAUCAAGCUGGGCUUUACGCAGGCGGACGUGGGCUUGGCCUUGGGCACCCUGUACGGAAACGUCUUUUCUCAGACCACUAUCUGCAGGUUUGAAGCGCUGCAGCUCAGCUUCAAGAACAUGUGCAAACUUAAGCCGCUCCUUAACAAGUGGCUGGAGGAGACAGACUCCAACACGGGCAGUCCCACCAAUUUGGACAAGAUUGCUGCGCAGGGCAGGAAACGAAAGAAGAGGACCUCCAUUGAAGUGGGGGUGAAAGGGGCGCUGGAAAAUCAUUUCUUAAAAUGCCCAAAGCCAUCUGCUCAUGAAAUCAGCACUUUAGCCGGCACUCUGCAGUUGGAAAAAGAGGUUGUCCGCGUUUGGUUUUGUAACAGAAGACAAAAAGAGAAAAGAAUGACACCAGUGGGGGUCCCUCACCCGAAUAUGGAGGACGUAUAUUCCCAAGCAGAGACCCCUCCUCUACACCGCACACUACAGAGUCCUGUGCAGUGACUGUUUUCAUGAACAAUCCGAGCAUUUCCGUGGGGGGAGAGGAAAAAAAAAGGGAAAAGGGACUAUGGAGUUUACAGUAUUUAAGUUUGGCUUUUGUUUUCCUGAGAGAAAAGAGACAUGGAAAAAGUUGAACAGAUCAGUUUUGCCUUUAGUUUUCCGGAGAUCGUCAUGUCCAACAAAUAGAUGGCGAGAGGGGGAAAAAUGUCGAGGGGGAAAAAAAUUAAGAAAAAUAAAAUAAAAAAAAAAAAUAUUUCGCUGUAGCUGAAUCUGUGCGCAUUUAAAGUGAAACAAAGAUCUUUUAUUUACCAAAAUUAUAUGGAGGAGACAUGCAUAUAAAGUGAAUUUGAUAUCCCAUGGCUGUUCCAAAUGGGGAGCAAUUCAAUGUGGCAACUGAGCCCAUCUCCUCCUGGUGUACCAUGAACUGCUGGCGCUCACCAGAAUGAGGUGGUUGCCUGAAAAUGAUCAACACUGGAGAUGAGUAGCCUACACUGAAUGAACAUUUUUUGCUUUUUCGGGCUUAAACUGAUUAACCAGAUUUCUGAAUAUUAGUGUAUACUUUCUUUGUUAUAUUAGUGUGAUGUUUUGGUUUGGAAAUACUUUAACUUCAGUGUCUCUCUCUUUCUGCGGAGUGUCUAUGAUUUCCUUUCAUUCUUUUUGCUAUAGGUACUGUAACUCAUCAGAGCAGCCUCUCAUUUUUUUUCUUUUUCUUCUUCUUCUGUGUACUCUGGGAGUUGAUGGUGGAGAAGUGAUGAGAAUUGUGGCACCCGAAAACACUCAUAAAUCACGUCAGAAAAAAAAAGUCCAGUGCAACAGGACUUCUAAGUUCUGUCUGCAUGCCUUAAAAAUAUUCACAGCUUUGCAGCAGACCUCGUCGAAAUUUUGCAAACAGGACCAGACGCUACACACACAUUCACUUGUUUUCUUUAAAGGGGGGUCAAUUAUUGUCAAAUUAUUGCUUUUUUUUUAUUUUUUUUUUUGCAUGAAGCACUUAAUCUUUUGUUAAUAUUAUUAUUUCGAUUUAUGUCUGUUAAUAAAUUGUGAGUGUCUCAUUAGGCUCGAACAGAAGCAGCCUAUAAAUCCCAUGUUUACAGGUUCCUGGUUAUCACCACAGAGCGCUGUCAGCUCUCACUGCUUGCUGCCUCUUAUCCUGUUGUAAUCCAAAACAUUUUCAAGAGAGAUUGGUCAAAUCCGAAAUGAAAAGUAAUAAUAACUCAGGUAACUUCAGUGCCCCAUAAUGGAAUAUCACGCCUGUACAUGAUUCUGUCCAUGUCUUUUAAUCUGGUUACAACCACCACCGAUUUCUUUGUUCCAUACAUCCAUUGUAUUAUAAUGAAAUCGCUGGAAUCGGAAAUAAGAAAAUAAUAAUAACUCCUUAAGGUUACUCGAUGAAGGCGUUCACUUUAGAUAUAUUUAUUUUUUUUCUUUCCCGACCUGUAAGGAAAUCCGAAAAAUCUCAUGCGUUGUGUGUCAUUUCUCAAUGUUGGACCAGUCCAGAAGUCUACAGCAGUGCUAUUCAAUACAGAAGAGGGAAACUUUUUUUUUUUUCAGAAAAAAAUGAUAAUUAA